AUGGCAGACCAACAAUUUCGAGAGAACAGCAACGCCGAAAUGUCUGGUGCAGGUCCCGCCCUUGAUGCACAGAAAAAAGAGGCCAAGAAAGCAGUGCCGGCCGUUAUAAAAGCUAUGAGGAAAAAGAUCCGGGAACGACACGUCAGCAUGAAAAAAAAGGCCGCCCAAAAAUUCAUGAGCCGUAAACUUGCUCGCUCAGCCAAACCCUCUACAGCCUCCAAAAGGGCUCUGGCUGUACGUCGAAAGUCUGCCAAGACAGGAAAGCUGGCUGUCAAAGGCAGCCGAAUUGCCGCUAAGGCCCUGAAAGCUAAAGGAUGUGCUACCUCUAAAAUGCGUCUGAUCAAGGGAAGCAACAAUGCAGCGUCUGUGAAGCCGGGACCUAGCAAGCCUCGUCUCUCAACGAAGAAAGUUGCCAAGAAGGCCAUCAAAAUCAGCAAGAAAGCAAAAUCACCAUCUUCGGCUCAACUUAAGAAGAGGAGCUUCUCACUCAAACGAAAAUAG